GUAGCUCUGCUAAUUGGUAUAAAAAAUGCAGUAAAAAGUGUAAAUUAAGAACGGAAACAAUAUAAAAAUGGCGAUCCAAAAGCCAGGCGAGUGGGCGAACUCACUUUUAGCCCGUUUCGAAGACCAGCUGCCCAAUAAAAUUGGUUUGCAUGGCACCCAAGCGCGCUUGAGUCAGGAUCAGCUGACGGCCUGUCUCAUACAAAUUUCGCGUUAUCGCUUCUCACUAGUUAUAUCUGGACUCACCAAAAUGCUGCAACGAGUUAAUGAAGCGUCUAUGCAAAACCGUCACGACGCUGAGCGUUGUUAUUUUGAAUCACUAGUCAUUAUAUUAACAACUCUGGAACGUUGUUUGGCUAAUCAGACAAAGGAUACGGCACGUUUUGAGGAAGCAAUGAAUGUUAAACUACUUUUACGCGAAAUUUCGCAAUUCAUCGAUGUACAGAGUGAUAAUAAUCCAAAUGCAGCGCAGCUGAAAGCUAUUGCGUCAAGAGUGCUUUUCGGACUUUCACAAAAUCAUUUUUCAGCUGUAUUUAAUCGCAUAUCAGCGCGCAUACAAGAGUUGAUCACAUGCUCAGAUGAGAAUCCCGACUGUUGUGACAUUGAAUUAAUACAACAUAUUGACAUGGACAUAAAUAAAUUAACCAAACUUUUGCAAGUGACCAAGUCAAGAUCGAAGAAAGCGCCGCCUUUGAUUUUGCUGCAUUCGCUAGAGAAAGCCAUUUGGAACUGGAUUGAAUACCAUCCACAUGAAUUUCAGGAUUUGCAACGCGGCAUUGCCACCAAAGAUAUUUCAAGCUGCUGGGAAACAUUGCUGGAAUUUGUUGAAGCAUAUAAAGCAGAAAAUAAGAAGAACAAGACAACCGUCUGGCCAUUACAAAUGCUAUUGCUUAUACUAAAUCCCAGCUGCUUAGAAGCCACCGUCAAUGAAUUACAACAAUCUGAAAAGGAGAAGGAUAAAGAAAAAUACAGAGAUAAAGAUAAAACGUCAUUAACGCAAAACUCUGCGCAAACUGCACGUGACAAAGAGCAAUCUGCUAAGCAGUUUAUUGAGGGUAUUAAACGUGGCUUGGGGCCACACUCACCCUCAAAGCAGGUCACUGAGUAUGCUGCUAUUGCUUGUGUAAAACUAUGCAAAGCCUCAACAUAUGUCAAUAACAACGAUUCGAAUAAUGUGCUCUUCAAAUUAGUGCAAUAUGUCAUUAAUGAUUUGAAAGCUUUGCUUUUUAAUCCGGUCAAGCCAUUUUCGCGUGGCCAGGCGUACAACUAUGCUGAUAUUGAGCUUAUGAUCGACUGUUGGGUUUCACUAUUUCGCAUAAAUCCCCAUAAUAUCGACACAUUGAAGGUCUGCCUCAAUUUGUCUUCACCGCAGGCGUAUCAUUUUGUAAUUGUCUGCUCUUUGCUGAGAUUAACACACAUACACGUGGAUUUUCGUCUACAAAAUAAAAACUGUUUCCGCACCAUCCAUCAGCCAAUACUAUCUUGGUGGGCCAAAACCAAUGUUGUACACUAUCGUUCUGCAGAAUUGCGCGCACUCUUCACCGAUACCUUGAAUAAAGCCACUCAGGGUUAUAUUGCGCAUACGCCACUGCGUAUGAUAACAUCGCUGACGCUGAAAUCGAAAGAUACGCAGAAAGGCUUGACGCGUUCCGAAGAGGGACCUGCACACAAAAUGUUGCUGCUCCUCUUGGUUCGGCUUAUACACGCUGACCCGAUGUUACUUUUAAAUACACAAGGCAAAGUGGCACAUGAAAUGCAAAGUUCCUCGCUCGAGCUCAUCAAUGGUCUGGUGAGUCUCGUGCACCAACCCACCAUGCCCGAUGUGGCGCAGGAAGCUAUGGAGGCAUUACUAGCUUUACACUCAUACGAUAAAAUCGAAUUGUGGAAUCCACAGGCGCCAAUGAAUUGUUUUUGGGAUGUCAGUUCGCAAGUGCUGUUUUCGAUUUCGCAAAAACUAAUACAACACCAGAUUGCCAACUAUACGGAUGUGCUGAAAUGGAUGCGUGGCAUACUGAGUUGUCGCAAUGACUAUCUGCAGCGGCACAAGAAGUACGCACUGGUCGGUCAUGAGCUGCAGAUCUGCCGUCAGGCGCGCAUUAAACUGGAAGUGGUGUUCUUCAUGUAUCUGUGGUCAGUCGAUUUGGAUGCAGUGCUCACGUCCCUCUCCUGCUUUGGUCUCUUAUGCCAAGAGUCGGAUAUUUUGUUGACAGCAGAUGAUUCGGCGACUGUGCUACCUGUUGCGAAUUAUCAAAUAUAUCAGGAGCUGACGCAAUUGGCAAGCUCGGACACGCGCAUAUGUUUUUAUGAAACUAAUCAUGGCAAUGCUUACAACCGUCUGGCUCUACAACGACGUAUGAUGAAUUUGUUGCGCAAAAUCGAGCACUGUGUUGAUGGCGUACAAACAGCGUGGGAGGAAACCUUUAGAAAUUGGGAACUCACCAGCAAAGUAUUACAAACAUAUCCCAAAUAUAAAAGUGACGAUGUGCAAGCAGAGCUCUUCCAUCGUGGCGUUGGCAAGCGUCGCGCAAGUCAUCAAAGUUCGGAACAUGAUUUAGAGGAACACAUCACCGAAUGGGCCAACAUGACAUGGUUUCUGCUAACACUUGGCGGCGUGUGUCUGCAAAAGCGUUUGUCUUCGCGUUGGAAGCAAAUGCAAUUACAAAAUAAUACCGCAACUGCUGGUUCCAGUAGCGGUAUGCCUGCGACGAGCAAUCUCCUGCAGUCGCACAACAGUUUGGCACAAUCGCAGAACACCUUAGCAGCGUCCGGCAGUUUGACUUCGAUCUCCACAAUACCAGCUGUCUCGCUGUAUUCGCUCUACUCAUGCUCCACAAGUUCCGGACGUGGUUCUCUACUGCAUCCCAGCACCAUAUCAUUGACUACGAUAGUGCCGGUGCCGCAGCAAGAUUUGCAAUACUGUCCGGUGUCACAAUUCAUCGGUCAGUUGUUACGCUUGUUGGUGUGCAAUAACGAAAAAAUCGGUUCGAAUAUACAGAAGAAUGUGAAAGAUUUAAUUUCGGAAGAAAUGACACCACAACUCUAUCCCAUAGUUUUCGAUCAAAUACGUUCGAUAGUUGAGAAAUUUUUCGAUCAACAGGGGCAAGUGAACGUCUCCGAAAUCAAUACCGCCUUCAUCGACCACAUUAUACACAUAAUGAUUUCGAUAUUGAGCCCACGACCCGUGAAAGAUCCGAAUAAUGAGCAAGUCGCUGCUUCCGAGUACCUGAGCGUGACGAGCAUUGAAGGCAUGAUGCUGGGCAUUGUGCGUUAUAUGCGUCAUCGCGAAAUGACUGUAUCAGGGAUACGCGCCAAAGUGCGCGUUUGUAAUUUGGUAGAGAUAAUGAUAAAACGUCGCGACGAUUUAGCUUUUCGGCAAGAAAUGAAAUUUCGCAACAAAUUAGUGGAAUACUUAAGCGAUUGGGUUAUGGGCACCUCACACCAAAUAGUACCGACAGCCAACGAACCGCCGCCAGCAAAUCCCGCUGAAAUAUUCCGUGAACUCGAUAUAGCUUGCAUGGAAGCUGUCGCCGCUUUGCUACGUGGACUACCUUUGCAACCCGAGGAAUCCGAUCGUGGCGAUUUGAUGGACGCGAAGAGCGCAUUAUUCCUCAAAUACUUCACGCUUUUCAUGAAUCUCCUAAACGACUGCAUUGAUAGCACUGAGGCAGAAAAAGAGCUAAGUAAUCCACCACUACUCCCACCGCAUCCGGCUGUUAAUGGCCGAUUGGGCAUGUUACGCUUUAACACCAUACAGGCGAUGUCAAACUUGCUCGGCGCCAACAUCGACUCGGGUCUGACGCAUUCCAUCGAUCUUGGCUACAAUCCCGAUUUACAAACACGCGCCUCCUUUAUGGAAGUGCUUACGCGCAUCUUGAAGCAAGGCACCGAAUUCGAUACGCUCGCCGAGACUGUGCUGGCCGAUCGAUUUGAGCAGCUGGUCCAAUUAGUUACAAUGAUUAGCGAUAAGGGUGAGCUGCCUAUAGCGAUGGCAUUGGCUAAUGUAGUGACCACUUCACAAAUGGAUGAAUUGGCACGUGUGCUGGUAACACUAUUCGAUGCCAAGCAUCUGCUCUCACCGCUCUUGUGGAACAUGUUCUAUCGCGAAGUCGAAAUAUCCGAAUGCAUGUCGACACUCUUUCGCGGCAAUUCGCUUGGUAGUAAAAUAAUGGCAUUUUGCUUUAAAAUUUACGGUGCAAGCUAUUUGCAAAACUUGUUGGAGCCGCUAAUACGACCGUUACUCGAUGAUCAGACCACUAGCUAUGAGGUGGAUCCGGCUAGACUCGAGCCCGGUGAAGACUUGGAACGCAAUAAAGAGAACCUAAUAUCGCUCACCAGAGUCUUCUUUGAAGCGAUACUCAAUUCAGUGGAUCGUUUUCCCUCACAGCUGCGCUCAAUGUGUCACUGCCUCUAUCAGGUGUUGAGCAAACGCUUUCCCACUGUCUUGCAAACCAAUAUUGGCGCAGUGGGCACUGUGAUCUUUCUACGCUUUAUAAAUCCAGCUAUUGUAUCACCCCAAGAACUCGGCAUUGUUAAUCGCCAAGUACCCGCUUCGGUGAAGCGUGGUCUAAUGUUGAUGUCGAAAAUCUUACAAAACAUCGCCAAUCACAUUGAGUUCUCUAAGGAACAGCAUAUGGUGUCAUUCAAUGAUUUUCUACGCGCACGAUUUGAACAAGGUCGUCACUUUUUCGUACAAAUCGCCUCAGAUUGCGAGACGGUGGACCAGGCUUCGCACAGCAUGAGCUUCAUCUCAGAUGCCAAUGUUUUGGCAUUGCAUCGCUUGCUGUGGACGCAUCAGGAGCGCAUUGGCGAUUAUCUCUCCAGCAGUCGUGAUCACAAAGCUGUAGGCAGACGUCCUUUCGACAAAAUGGCCACAUUGCUAGCUUAUUUGGGGCCGCCAGAACAUAAACCAGUGGACUCACAUUCGGUGCACUGCAGCAUGAUGUUCUCAUCGUAUGCGCGUUGGAGCUCCAUUGACAUGUCAUCGAAUUACUUCGAAGAUGUUAUGGUGAAACAUCAAAUGCACGAAAAGGAGGAAUUCAAAAGCAUAAAAUCCAUGAAUAUCUUCUAUCAAGCCGGCGCAAGUAAAGCGGGAUUACCAGUGUUCUACUACAUUGCCAGGCGUUACAAAAUCGGCGAAACGAAUGGCGACUUACUGCUCUAUCAUGUAAUACUCACGCUGAAAGCAUUCUGCCACUCACCUUUCGAAUUGCUCAUAGACUUCACGCACACUUGCUCGGAUAAUCGCUUUCGUACAGAGUUCUUGCAGAAAUGGUUUUGUGUGCUGCCAACCGUUACCUAUGACAAUUUAUACACCAUUUACAUUUACAACUGUAAUUCGUGGGUGCGUGAAUAUACAAAAUUCCAUGAACGCAUACUAGCGCCGAUAAAGAGCGAUCGCAAACUAGUCUUCAUCGAUUCGUCCAAUAAACUCAAUGAAUACAUCGACACUGAACAACAGAAACUGCCAGGCGCCACAUUAUCGCUAGACGAAGAUCUCAAGGUAUUCAAUAAUGCGCUCAAGCUUAGCCAUAAAGAUACCAAAGUUGCUAUAAAAGUCGGACCCACUGCAUUGCAAGUGACAGCAGUGGAGAAAACCAAAGUGCUGGGUCACUCAGUACUGCUGAACGAUGUCUAUUAUGCCUCCGAAAUUGAGGAAGUUUGUCUGGUGGAUGAUAAUCAAUUUACGCUCUCCAUAACAAAUGAAAGCGGUCAGCUUAGCUUUAUACACAAUGAUUGUGAUACCAUUGUACAGGCCAUUAUACAUAUACGCAAUCGUUGGGAGUUAAGUCAACCAGAAUCGGUGACGGUGCACCAAAAAAUACGUCCCAAAGAUGUGCCCGGUACACUUUUGAAUAUGGCAUUACUUAAUCUAGGCACCUCAGAUCCCACCUUGCGUUUAGCUGCCUAUAAUUUACUCUGCUCGCUCACCUGCUCCUUUGAUUUGAAAAUCGAAGGUCAACUAUUGGAGGCACACGGUUUGUGUAUACCAUCGAACAACACAAUUUUCAUUAAAUCCAUCAGCGAGAAAUUAGCCACCAACGAGCCACAUUUAACGCUCGAAUUUCUAGAGGAAUGCAUACAGGGUUUCCAGCGUAGCACAAUUGAAUUGAAGCAUUUAUGCUUGGAAUAUAUGACACCGUGGCUGAAUAAUCUAUUGAAAUUUUGCAAAUCGAACGAUGAUGCCAAAAAGCUAAAGGUCGCACAGAUUUUAGACAAAUUGAUUUGUCUUACAAUCGAACAGAAGGAGAUGUACCCAUCGGUGCAGGCGAAAAUUUGGGGCUCUAUUGGUCGCAUACCCGAUCUUAUCGAUAUGGUGUUGGAUAAUUUCCUACACAAAUCGAUUACUUACGGUUUGGGUUCGCCGCAUGUGGAGAUUAUGGCCGACACGGCUGUGGCGCUCGCCUCUGCCAAUGUGCUGUUGGUGUCGAAGAAGAUAAUAACGCGCAUGUGCCGCGUCUUGGAUAAGACCUGCACCAAUCCAACACAGUUUCUGGAGCAGCAUAUGAUGUGGGAUGAUAUUGCAAUAUUGACGCGUUUUCUGCUCAUGUUGUCCUUCAAUAACUGCCUUGAUGUCGUAACACAUUUGCCAUAUCUAUUUCAUAUUAUCACGUUUUUGAUCUGCUCCGGUUCGGUAACGAUGCGCGCCUCCAUACACGGUCUCGUCGUCAACAUCAUACACUCGCUGACUACUUGCACUAAACCGACUUUCUCAGACAACGCAAAGCGCGUGUUGCGCCUGGCACUCGAGGAAUUCUCACUAUACAAAUUCUAUGCGCUCUUCGGUAUCAGCAAAGUCAAAUCGGCCGCUGUAACAGCCUUCCGCUCGAGCUAUCGACAUCCAUCCGACAGAUGGUUGGGCAAUGAGCGCGUCUGUCAAAUGUUACCAGCCGAUGUGGAGCGAAUCACAUUGCCCUCAUUGGAAGAGGUGGUCGAUUCGCUGUCGGAGAUCAUGUCGGUUUGCAUGCCCGAUGUGCCGGAUUGCCAAUGGUUGGAAACAUGGACGACGUUGUCGCGCAGUUUCGCCUUCUGUUACAACCCUGCGUUGGAACCACGUGCGCUCAUAGUUUACGGUUGCAUUAGUAAAAGCAUAACCGAUCAGGAAGUGAAACAACUUUUGCGCAUUUUAGUAAAAGCACUGGAAUCGUUCAACGACAUCACAUUAAUCGAGGCGAUCGUAUUGUGUUUGACGCGCAUACAACCCCUACUGAGACCUGAAUCGCCCAUACAUCGCGCCCUCUUUUGGGUUGCUAUCUCGGUACUGCAGCUAGACGAAGUAUCGUUGUAUGACGCCGGUUUGGCAUUUCUCGAACAAAAUCUGCAUACACUGGAACGUCAGGGUUGCUUCGAUCACGAGAGCAUAGCCGAUGUCAUGAUGCGUACACGCGAAAAACUUGAGUGGCACUUCAAGCAACUCGAUCAUGCAGUUGGCUUAUCGUUUCGCAGCAAUUUCCACUUUGCACUCGUCGGUCACUUGCUAAAAGGCUUUCGUCAUCCCACACCUUCAACUGUCUUUCGCACAUCGCGCAUACUCGGCACGCUGCUGAGUCUCGUCGCCAAACCUUUUCAUCGCGACAAAUUCGAAGUGACACCUGACAGUGUUGCCUAUUUGACGGCUCUGGUAGCCGUUUCCGAGGAAGUUCGCUCACGCUGCCACGUCAAGCAUGCCAUACCGCGAUGGACCACCGAUUUGAGCAUUAUGGAAAAUGGCGAAACGAUCUUCUAUGGCAAUCAGAAUGCGCUCGGCAUGUCACUGCCACGUCGGCAAAAGUCCUGGGAUAUGCUCGAUCAGUCAGCUUUACAGUUUGCGCGUCAUCACAAAGGACCCGCACAUCAGAUGAAUGCCAAAGUUUUGUUUAAAACACAGCGCUCUUUUUCGGUGCCAACAACAAAAGAACCGAAUAAUACGAGCACUAUCGAAGAACGCCAGGAGCGUGGCUCGCGUUCAUCUGUUUCCAAUGAGUCUAAUGUGCUAUUGGAUCCCGAAGUGCUCUCCGAUUUGUCCACGCAAGCGCUGGUAUUAACGGUUUUGGCCACAUUGGUGAAAUACUCGACAGAGGAGAAUGAGACGCGCGUGCUCUAUCAGUACCUGGCCGAGGGUUCGGUUGUAUUUCCCAAGGUGUUUCCAGUCAUACACUCGCUGCUGGACCAGAAGAUUAACAAUAUACUCUCAGUGUCACACGACCAAGUCGUGCUGAAUUCAGUACAAAGCAUCAUACAAAAUAUGCUCGCCAGCGAGGAUCCUUCACAACAGCAACUGCAUUUCCUGCAAAGUUGCGGCUUUGGUGGUCUCUGGCGGUUCGCUGGUCCCUUUACGAAGUACACCAUGAUGGGCGAAUCUUCGGAAUUAUUUGUGAACUGUUUGGAGGCCAUGGUUGAGACAUGCCUGCCAGGUGAUGAGACUGUACCGGUGCCGCCAUCACCACGUCCAUACAAUUUGAGUUCGAGCCUCAGCAGUCUUACUCUAGGUUCACCAACUGAUAAAGCUGCAUGAAUAACAACCAGCCAACGCGGCCGACAUCCGACAUUAUUCGCGCGAGUCUUUCGUUUUCUAAAUUUCUUCAAAAAAUGUUUUUAAAACCUGAAAAGUUUUACCACACACUAAAGGGAGGAACCUAAGCAGCCCAAACAAAUGUAAAAAAAGGGGGCGUACAAAGUAAGUCCAGAUAUCUUAAUUUUAUGAACAAGUGAACGGAGGAAAAAAGAAGAUGUAGAAGACAUUAAUGAAGAAUUCUACAAAACUAUGUACUGCAGGGAUUGAGACAAGUAUGAGUGUGCCAAGGACAAGGACACACAGUGACAUUUACGUCAGAUAUAUGUAUAUGUAUGUGCGUCACUGUGUUAAAAGUUUGAUUUCCGCUUAAAUGUAAGGUUAGAGUAGAAGGAUUUUGACCGGCAAACGAAAAAAUUGAACAACUUAACCACCAGCAUCGAAUUUAGCUGUAAUAAAACAACAAAAGUAAAAGCAAAAACAAAUUAAAAGUAAAAGUAAGAAAAGUAAGAGUAAAAAACCAAAAACCAACAAAAAUAAUAAUAAUAAUACAAGCAUACAUGCAUAACACUCACCAGCAAAUGUGAAUGUGUGUGGCUGUGGGUGUGUGUGAGAAGAAUAACUAACCAAAAAUAAUUAAAAAAAAGGAAGAAAAUCAUAUUUUAAUGUGUGCCUGUGUGUGUAGUAAGUGCGCUUGUAUGUGUGCGUCGUCAUGUGUCAUGCUUUGAAUGUAUCAAACGCUAUGUUUUUGUUUUUGUUAUACAUUUAACUUGUAAGCUUUUAAAGUUACUAAUUGAAAUUACUUAAGUGUAAAAACUCAUCCAUGUGGUCUUACUAAUGCACACUAACCUAACACAUAUAAGCACAACUAGACGCCAACAAUUUAUCGCGUUUUAUAGGAAAUUAAAUAGAAAAAAAGUAAACAAAAAAUUAAAAAACAAAAUCCAACUGGAAGUAUUGUAAAUCUGGAAGCAUGUUUGUAACAUUUAUGGGUUUUGAGGUGACAGUUGAAGAACUAAGAGCCAAAGAGUGAGAAGUGGGACCCAAAAUUUUAGAAAUUUGCAGAGCACCGGGUCCAACUGAAAACUAAAAGUUCGAGAGAAAUAGUCCACACAACCAUCUGCUCUCCUUUACCAGAUACUAGCAGUGUUUGGCAAGCCCACAAGUUAAUAUUGUCGAAAGAUUUCCGGCUAAAAGUUCCGGUCCUCAGGCUGGUCGCGUUUUAAAGGGUGAUCCAUUUCAAGGUUUCCUACUUUUUAUUACUAUUAUACGAAAGAAUAUUCUUUGGCAUUUAUUUUUUGAAAAUUUUUGCUGCGACCGCCGCCUCGCGACUCUCCACGGGGUUCGUUUACACUCCUAGCUACGGCUAUAUUUUCUUCACUGCGUGCUGGACGUGGUCUCUUUGGUCGAAUAUUAUCAUACUGAAAAAACUACCCGUACUUGGAUCACCUGUUAAUAGCGAUAGUCCACUGGACCGUGAUUCAGCCCCAAAAAAUGUUCAAGCAAAGAAAGCUAUAAUGCGUGCUUUUGUUGUACUCCGCUUUGACUUCAUUCUCAAACUUUUAACCAUCCUAAUUUCAUGCUGGCUGGUAGCUGUUCGCUAACCUUUGACCAACAGUGUUUCUCUAUAUUUGUUUUUUUAACUGUCGCACUGACUAACCAUGUUGUUGUAGCGGCUAUCUUCCACCCAUUUUAGGAAAAUAAAUUCUCUGGACAUGCCGGAGGGGUAUCACACUGUUAAGCGUGGUUUUGUGGGCGUUUAGUGUGUUCAAUAUCCAGAACGAAGUUGCGAAAGCUUCACGCUAAAUUUUCGAGCAAACUCUCGAGCCCACCGGCUGUAGGUAGUAAUUUCUACAAAAACAUUGUAGCAGCAACUUGGAACUUUGGAAAGGAAGAAGUUCAAUAUGUUACUGAACUGCAUACUCCAGAACAUCAGCAUACUUCUGCUCUCCUCAGUCCAAUCUUUAUAACUACUAGUAAAAUGAUUCUGGUAGCAUUCAUAAGUUGUGAAAGCACUGCGUAGUUUUGUAAAAAUAAAUUAGGAAUAUAAUAAAAAAAAGCAAAAUCUAUAUCUAUAGAUUUAUCGAUAAUAAUCUGUCCACCAGUUCAGGCUUUGACCGCAGGUAGCUGCAACUUCCAGUUGAAAACUCAUAUUCAUUAAUAUAUCUGCAUUAAUUUUCUUUAGCUGCAUGUGCUUACACUAUGUAACAAAUCUAAAAGAAAUAUUAGCACAAUUUGCAUUAAAAAAAUUUUAACUCGCGUCACAAAUUUUACUAAGUCCUUAAGUUCCUGCACCAUAUCUACUUACACAUACUCGUAUUACUUGUACCUAUUUAUAACGAUUAGUACUAAAACUGAAAAGCUUCUCUAGCUAAAAACUAUAUUACUUAUUAUUAUAAUUCUUCUGCGAUAAUUUUUUUACGAAUCGUGCAAUAUGAUUGUAUACGUUUUUAUAUAUUUUAUUUAUUAAAAUUUCUAUAUGUGACCUG